UGUGCUUCGCGUUUGCAGCUUCCGUGGAGUAGGAUUUCCCAGUGGCAUAGAGGAGCGGGUGAGGGGAGAAAUUGUUUUUUCCCGGCAAUUUCAAUGACGUCUAAUGCUUCCCGAAGUCUUCACGUGGAGGGUGAACCGGAAGCCAAGCGACCAAAGGUCGCCGGCGACUCCAUGAUCUCCGGCGUUAGCGAACGCGUCGAACUCAACCCUGCCGAUUGUAAUCUGGAUUUCAAUAUAGAACAAAAUGGUCUUCAAGGUCAUGCACUUUACGAUGGGGGAUUUGCUUACUGCUGGUCUGGUGCUCGUGCAAAUAUUGGAAUUACUGGAGGAAAAUACUGUUUUGGCUGUAAAAUUAUCUCCCAGCAACCAGUUGAUAUGGAGGACACGCCUCCUGAUCAGCAGCAUGUAUGUCGAGUUGGUAUUUCGAGAGGCGAUGAUAAUGUUGGAAGUCUUGGUGAAAGUGAACACAGCUUUGGUUUUGGUGGUACUGGUAAAUUUUCAAACUCAGGAAAAUUUUCAGAUUAUGGUACAAAAUUUGGUGUUGGUGACACUAUUGUCUGUUCCGUGGACCUUGAGAGCAAGCCGCUGGCCGUGAUUAGCUUUUCAAAAAACGGGCAGUGCUUGGGGACUGCCAAACAAUUUGAUGCCGGACCUAGGGGCCUACAGAUUAUAGACUCUGUGGCCAAGACACUGGCCUGGGAGUCAGCUUUGUUCCCACAUGUCCUCCUGAAGAACGUUUUGGUUCAGAUGCAGUUUAGUAUUGAAGACGGUUUGGUCCCAGAAGAAGGUUAUAAACCUUGGAAUUGUGCUGUCCAAGAAAGAAAUAUGAUAUCUGGGCCUACGUUCCUUGGUCCUGAAGAUCGUGAAGUAAUAAUGAUGGUAGGCUUGCCUGCCUCUGGAAAAACCACCUGGGCUGAAAAAUGGAUAAAGGAUCACCCAGAGAAGCGUUACAUUCUUUUGGGAACAAACCCAGCGCUUGAUCAGAUGAAGGUACCAGGGUUACUGCGAAAGCAUAAUUAUGGUGAGCGAUUUGAUCGUCUAAUGGAUAGAGCGACAGGAAUAUUUAAUACUCUGUUAGCAAGGGCUGCCAAGACUCCUAGAAAUUACAUUCUUGAUCAAACUAAUGUUUAUAAGAGUGCUCGGAAAAGGAAAUUAAAGGCCUUUAUUAAUUGUCGUAAGAUUGCUGUUGUGAUAUUUCCAACUCCUCAAAACCUGAAGAAUCGUGCAAAAAGACGAUUUAAAGAAAUGGGGAAGGAGGUGCCUGCUGAAGCAGUAAAUGAGAUGCUAGCCAACUAUGUAUUGCCAACAAGCAAGGACAUGCCAGGGACUGACGAGUUGUUUGAUGAGAUUCUCUUUCCAGAGUUGAAUCGGGAAGAUUCACAAAAAUAUUUGGAUGACAUGAAGCAUGAAUUAAGGUCCCCAUUGAAGCCAACAGACGUUUCUCCAUAUUCACGAGAAGGUUCUGUUCAGUCAUUUAGUAGAUGUGGUCCACCUAACAUGAUUAACACAGGAGCUCCUGGGUCUCCAAACUUUCAUUCACCUUUUCCACGUCCAGAUCCUAACUUUCCAUGUCCUCAGCAGGCAAGAUCAUAUUCUGGUCCUGAGUUGUAUGAAAGAUCCGGCCCUCCUCCUGGUGGAUAUAGUCCAGGUUUCUCCACUUCGAGUCAUGCAUUUCCAAGGGAUCAUCCGUAUGGCACCAGCUCCAGGUACGGUAGUUCUCUAGCAAGGGAUGACUCCUACGGUGGCUAUAGGGGCAGCGACACUUACAAUGUGUCAGGGUUUAGAAGUCCCAUGAGUUCCUUAUCAUAUGAUGGUCGAACUGGACCUUCUGGGGAUUUCAGACUACCUCAUGAGGGCCUGCCAGCGCAGACCAUGCCUCCAGUUCGUUUGCAAAGUCCAAGCCCUGUGUCUGCUGGUCCACCUCGAAUACAUUCAUACGGAGAUCUGCCCUAUGGUUCACCAUAUGGAACUCCACCUCCAAAGCGUCCAUAUCAAGAUUUCUCACCUAGAGAUUCAUAUUCUGGUCUGGUCCAUGGCACCCCUCCACCAACGCAUCCGUAUGGAGACAGGCCCUCUGGAUCUCCCUAUGGAGUUCAACCUCAAAGGCAUCCCUAUGGAGGUGUCCGCCCUGCUGGUAGCUUUGCAGGCUCUUCCCCAUACGAAGCUCCACCUCCAAGGCAACCAUAUGGUAAUGGGGGCUUGCCUCCACCAGUCGGCCGCUAUUCUGGACCAUACUCGUCCUAUACACGCCCAGACUCUAGUUUCUGAUAGCUUCUGCUUAGAGGUAUUCACAUGGUGCAUGUUUAAAUUGCCAAUUUUGUUGAGUGUAUAUUUAGCCGACUGAUUUGGUCGUUGUAUGUAUUGUAGUGUGAUGGCUACAGAUGUUUCUUUUACCACCUACCACCUGUUGUUCCCGUGUAGCUCGCAAGCACAUGUGCAUAUGGGCACCUGUAUUUAAGGAUACGGCCAACAGUUUAAUGUAUUUCAACAUGGCUAUUAAAAUGAGUUAGUUUGAUAUUAAA